CAUGAGUGGACUUUUGAGCUUCCACAUAUCACAUCCAUUCUCCAGACCGGCCGGAGUCACGGCCCUGCCCCAAGCCAAACACAGCACUUGACCGGUACGACCAGGGGUUUAUUCCCUAUUAUCCUCUGGGGUUUCCUCGGUCGUGAGCCGUUUCCUCGUACUUUACCGUAUCGGCUCUUCGGAUCUAGCCCGGUUCCUAUUUGGCCUUACCAUUCCCCUGGCUUGCACCGAGCCGGACUCGCACGAGUCGCACCACCUGAUCCGUUGGCCCUGUCAUGCCGUUGAGACGGGACGCAUACAGAGAUCAGAGCCUACUGUAAGGCCCCUGGCCAUCAUCCUGAUGGCAGCUAUGUCCGCACAUGAACGAUCCAUGAUUUGGCCAAGGAGCCUCCAUCUUCAGGAACACCAGAUGAUAUGUGGACGCAAAGUAUGAAUCGUCGUCAAAAGGUCAGCGGCGAUGGCCCCCAUAUUCUAAUUGGUCAACAGAGCCCAAAGGGAUUAUAGCAGUCCGUGGAAUGGUGUUUAUGACGUUGCAACCAUCAAACUUUUCCUUGAUUCUGUCUCGGCGGAUCUACCAUGCUGCCCUCCAAAGAUAAUAACAGCGAGCAACCAUAGGAUGCCAACGACAAAUGCGCUCACUUGUUGACCUACUCACCAAGGUGCCUUACGUACCUACCUACCUAAAACCGCGGGCCACCGUCGUUGGUUCUCACGCACCUGCACUACCUUGCGGUCAUGGCACUACAAAUGCUUGAACUGCAUGGGCCAGCUUGCCAAAUUGGGGCUGUGCGCACGCUUCAAUUAAGAGACAGCGCAGUGUGCCGUACUCGAUAUCUUCCGAGUGUGUUAGUGUUGGCUUCUUGUGUUGGCUCUUGAUGGUGGAGAACUCAUGGGACGAUGGCAUCAGUUUGAAAAAGAACCCACGAACAUGGUUCAAAUACGGACAUAUUCCAAACCUGGACUGGCUUGGGCUGAGCUGGGGCUAGGCUCUGCCUCUAUGCUACUUUGUUCGUUAUCGUUGCACCAACAACAGUGCCUGCAUAGAGUGUUAAGCAGCCGUCUCUCAGGUCUUGGAAAUCCUGGUUGCUGCGGAAUGCGGCCCUCUAUACCUUAGCUCGCGUUAGGGUUGAUUUUAUGCUCUAAUUUGGGGCACUCAACGGUCUGACUUGCACACAUCUUGCUUGGCUGGCUGGUGACAGCAAACGGCCCUAGCGAUACCGUUAUCUACCUCAAGUCAUCCGCGAGAUCUGUCAAGGGUCGCAAUGGCCCAGCCGUGUGGUUGGCGAGCUCAAUCCUAGCCUAGACCUCAUUUCGCUCUCCUCCCGGCCCCGUCACCCGCUUCUCGACACCUUCCCAGUGACUCUCUAGCCGUGAACGCCAACCUACCCGUCUCCCCACCCUGGACUCGUCUGUCUAGCCUGUCUUGCCUGUUUCUCUAGCACCCCCCCAUGCAGGCGGAGACUGAUCCUUCGACAAUCCUCGUCUGGGUCUAAUUCAUCGAUGGUAGUAGCUUCAUCAAAGAGGAUCUAAGUAAUCGAUCUUCCCUGUACGUACGUCCAUUUCUCGCCCAGGACUUGGUCUGGUCGACGUUCGUCUUUGUUGCCACCGUCCGUCUGCGUCUGUUGCUCACAACUCCAUCUCCCGUGUUGGUUGUGCCCUCGCUGUAUUUAUCCAACUGAUACCCCGUCAUGGGGUUUCCCGUCUUGGUCGAUGAAUCUCUACUCACUGCAGUACCUAAUCUAACGGUGCCUGUGGCCUGUGGUUCUCUACCUACCGGAAGUGCAUGGCUCAUGAGACCCUAGCAUCCCCACGGAUUCUAACCCGACCCUCGCAUACUUGCUUUCUAUAACGACCUCAAAUAUGUACCUGACACCUCCCUCGACCUCGAACUCCCCCGUAUCGCAGUAUUCACAGUUCUUCGAAACGAGUUCGUCCAGUUCUGACACUUCCUGCCCCCCAAAUCGUCUGCCGUCUUGCUACGGCUCUCCAUUUCAGCAAGCUGUCUCAGGCGUUUCACAGUCAGACUUGGAUUCGAAUUCGUACUUCCACCACGCUCGCUGGUUCACAGUGCCUCAGCCAGAGCUUCUAUCACCGCCUCCCAUGGACCACGGUAGCACUGCUUGGGUCACACCAGACGGCUUAGUGGCUGGGACAAGCACAGCUUCUUCAAGCUCGGUAGAACCUGACGCCCUGCAUGCGGAUUUUAAUGCAUUUGCUGGAUACGACUCUUGUUUGCCUGCCCCAUAUCAGACACAUGACGCCUACAUGUCGCCCAGUCGCAACCCGUCAGUCCAUGAGCCCUCAUUGUCGUCUACCAGCCAAUCCUCGCGAGCGCCGUCAAUAGGCGCAAGGCCACCAUAUGGAUACUUGCAAGAUCCCUCUAACUCGAGAUUCAGAGUCGAAGGCUCCGUGAGCAGUUAUGGCCAGGGAUAUGAGCCGCAACCGUACUCAACUGCCGGUCCAUCUGCUGCUGCUUAUCAAACCGACGGGGCCCCCUUCGCUUCAAAUCUGCCCUCCAGCCUCGGCGCAAGUGGUUCAACGGCCUGGCCGAAGCAAGAAUAUGAGGUGCCUCAGUUCUAUUCUACCCCGCAAAACCAACUUCCUGAUUUUGGCCCGGAGAGGAGACUAUUAAAGAUGAACAAGGCCAAGAGACCCACCAGAAAGCACACAUCGAAGGAGGAGGCAAACUUUCAAUGCGAAGUCAAAGGAUGCGGGAAGUUCUUCAGUCGCAGCUACAACUACAAAUCGCACCUGGAGACUCAUGAUGAGAAGCGCGAAUAUCCGUUUCCCUGCACUGUCGACGGGUGCACCAAGAAGUUUGUGCGGAAGACCGAUCUUCAACGACACCACCAAAGUGUGCACAUGAAGGAGCGCAAUCAUAAGUGUGACUAUUGUGGACGCCUCUUUGCUCGAAAGGACACUCUGAGAAGACAUAUGGAGGACGGCUGUUCGAAGCGGUUUGAUAUCGGGACACUCAACUUGCAAGGUCCAGGUUUCGCAGGGUUGGGGAUUGUUAGCCCAACCAGGCCGUCCGGUUUAGACCCUCGCCGCCCUGGAUAGACUUGGGCUUAACAUGCUACGCAGUCGUCAUCAACACCACGGAUGUAUUUUAAGAUACAUAGUAAUCCAUCGAUGUGGCAGGGUCCUUGAUCGGGAAGAAGUUAGACUUCUUUCAGAGGCCUUUUCUCCAGGCAUUUCAAGUUAGAAACGGCAUCGAAAACCUGACCUAGAAUUGGAAAAGGAACACGUAUUCUCACCUAAGAAAGGAAGUAACCAGACGCACGAAACCCAAUGGCUGAAUGUAUAAAAAAAACAUGAUGAGUUGGUGACAAAAUGCACUCAAACCGCGGAGGUCCACUGAUCAGCGUCCGGAUGUAUAUUCUGGAUAAAACCUUGCUCCAAUAUGCAGAUACUGCAACGGUUGAGGUACAGACACAAAAAUCUCGAAAAGGAAAACUCUGUUGGUGCCUUUCCACAUGCGACAGCCUAGGGUUCGCAUGCAUUAUGCCGAGAGCCUCACCUGGGCGACAUAUCGAAACGACUCGCCUCGGCAUAUGCGAACUUGACAAAUAGAAUCUUGAUCUGGAAGCUCGCUGGGAAUGGGAUCUUUUGUGCCAAGUCCCACUCUGGAGAAUAAUUUGUCAAGGUUUGCUGCUCGACUAGAGCAAGCGGGUUCAACUCUCGCAUCCCUUGUGAUUAAGAUUGCUUGCGGCUGCAGUUUGAUUACAUUACACCGAGGCUCACACUAGCAUCAUUGAGCCGUAUGGAUUGUACAGAUUCUUGGGCGACCUGCACAGCAGAAGAUGGAGUAGGUCUAGUUUACGGUAGCAAGGCCACCAAGGAUGUGAUCUGGCAUAACUAGGUACUUGUGAUGUAGUGAAAAUAAAGAUUCAAUAUAAUGAUUCUCAUCCACAUGCAACAAUGCCGACUGGAGACAGGGAUCUGUCUGUGGAGCAUCGCCUAUCGAUUUGGAUUUAAUUGUCAUCACCCCAGCUUUGUCACA